AUGCAUGUGGGCAAGCAAUACGAAACGACUGCAGAGAUCAGACGGCCUUCAAGUAGGGAUGCUGUGCAGCCAAUUGGCCCACAGAGCUUCCGCACUUUGAUACGUUCACCCCGAAUGAGAGGAGGGCAAGAGGGAUGAGCAGGGAGAAGCGGGCCGGGUACGUGUUCAAUCUCAAGCAAUCUGGGGGCGCAAUGUUCUUGAUCAAAGGCGGGUUGGGGGGCAGAGGAAUCCCAUUGGCCUUCCUAAGUAAGCACAACAUAGUAAGUGGGAUCAAGAUGCAAUGGGGAAGAGAGGUAACGAAGUGUAUAGAAGAAUUUCUACUGCUGUGAGUUCCGGGUUUUUGAUAUAAAAGCCUGGUAUUCCCUAAAGAGUUUGUCCUCACCAGUUCUCACAGCAAUUGCUUUCCGACCACCAGCAACCUUUCACCAAUCCUCAAUUGAUCUUUCUAUCUUUCUCUCCGUCUUCCCAUCUUUGCCACUUCCCCUAGCGAUUCCAAAAAUGGGCUAUACGUGGACCCCGGUAAAAGCCCUCAUUCAUGAGCUAUACGUCGUCCAAAACCGGUCCCUCCGCCAAGUGAUGAAACACUUGGAGGACAACAGGUAUUGGGCCAAUUCAGGGUCGGAGAGAGGUCCCUGGUAGGUUAAUUUCUAUUUCACAAAAUCCGACUACUGAGAGAGGACUGCAGCGAGUCUUCCGGCUUCUAAUUUAACGGAAACACAAGGAAAGACUAACGGUACUAAAUCUUCAGUGCGCGAACGUUUAGAGACAAGCUCUCCAAGUGGGGGUACCUCAGGAAGGAUGUUCCGGAUGGGGGUAUGGAGGACGAGGGGGCAGAUAGGGUCGCCGGGGCCGGGGCUGGUUCAUCAAUGAACACCACGAACUCUGGGUCUGUUGCGGAAGAUCCUAACAGUGUAUCGCUCCAGGUGGGAUAUGGUGGCGGAGCGGCCACGACUCCUUCUGGCUUAGAGUUUGGGGUUUACCCCGGGACUGUCCAAUUCCGCGAGUCGGGCUGGGAAAACCGCCAAGCUGAACAACUUCAUUGCGACGACACCCAGGACUGUCAGCAUCCGGAGUGUUGGGCGUUUCAGGGUGAGGCUUUCAGUCAAACAAGUAGUCAAAGUUAUUAUUUCCCCCUCAGUCAUGAGGCUUUUGUUUAUAUCGUUUUGUGGCUGACGAUAAACGGGGUGAAGCGGCAGUGGAUGAUGGUGAAUGCACGUGCGGCGUCGACAUUAUGUGCAGGGCUUGUGUGAUAGCCUGCGCCGAUCUGAGUGAGUAGAAAGGCUGAUUGUGAGCGAAGGAAUGGUCUUGGUGAAGGGAAAUAUUGUCUCGCUGGAGCUGGCUGGUUAUUCGGAAGGCAUGAGGAUUGGAAAGUUGGACGAUAAGUUUACUAGUUAA